AUGAACAUCCCCAUGGAGCACUUCAGCAGCGUGCCGGUGGUGCUGCUGAGCCCCAGCAUCAUGGCCACGCCGGAGGAGGAUAAGUCUCCGGUGGGCGCCGAUUCGAGGGACUCGAGCCCCGUUCGCAUGGACAAAAGCACUAUAAGCGACCCAGGCACGUCGCUGAGCUCGCUCUCCAGGUUUCGCUCCAAAGCCGCGGCCGUGGGGCGGGCCUCGAGGUACGUGGACCAGUUCAAGGCCUCGCAGAUGGUCGUGUGUCACGAUUGCAGGAUGAUGGUGUUGCAGAUUAUCAAGUCGGCCAGGGCGAAUCGUUCGGCGAUUCGCAACAAAACGCUGCAAAGUUUAACGUUGAAUCUUUCACCUGUGUUUUAA